GGGAGGGAGGGAGGACAAUUUCCUUUCUGUAACACACACGCUACAAGAACACACCGGGAAAACGGAGCGAGGAAAGAAAAAUAAUAGGCGAGAGAGGGAGAAGGAAACACCGCAGCCCCUCCGUCCGUACGUCCGUCCGUCGGCUGUUGUGUGUGUGUGUUUUUUUGGGAGGGGGGGUGGAAUAGAAAUCGUCUUUUCUUCUAACGCAGACUUGCGGACGAACAUGGGGGGAAGAGAAAGCUCCUGACGAGGAUUGACUUUCAGUGAACCUCUGCUCUGUGGUACAAGUCUGUGGCUAAUAAGAGAGGAAAAGGCGACAGGGAAGACAUGUUGAGGGGGUUUUUUCGUCUUGAGGUUGCGGUAGGAUGUUGAUGUUGUGCUCUUAAAUCAGGCGGCUCCCGUAGAGAAAAUAAAAAUAGGGCAAAUGGAAAUCGGGCGGUAGGCUAUGCUCAGGAGCCAUUGUUUUGAUCGGUGUUUAUUUAAUUGGUUUGUUAUGAUCUGAAAUUACGAAGGCCUCUCAGGCAGCCCCGCAGUAAAUAAAUACACGGUCAGCAAACAGGGGGCUACAUCGCUGCAAAUUAACCUGACAAACCUUUUAUGUAUUUUAGGGGGACGUUUUUUUGAAUUGAACCGCUGUGUUUUGCAGUAAGUUAAAGGUAGCGUUUAUGGGCCGUUUGUUUUUAAAACCAAACGCGGCGUUAAGAUUAAAUUGCUUAACCAGGGAGCCAAAACAUUUCCAGAUACAUCAACUCUUUAGGGGGUCAUACAAAGGCCCAGUAGGAAACACAGUGAAGGCUACUUGGCAGCUGUAAAAGACUGUUUUAACUGCACAGCAAAAUCCACCAGAGGCUGGAUUUUAAGCACAAAGGUGCACAAGAUUAGACAGUUCUGUUUUAGCCCCCAGUUUAGCUCAAGAGAGGGGACAAAAGAAGAUUUUUAAAUGUUAAUGUCGACCGACGUUGCAUCAAUCAUGCUGCCUGUGUCCCGGGGUCUCAUGGACCGGGAUAGAGAGCUGGACACCAUGGCCGGGGUGCAUCCAAACCCGGGCGGCGCUCCUGCAGCUGUCCGGGGCAUGAAGCGCGGAGACCCCGAGCCUGACGGUCAGACAGCGGCGGCUCUGGUGGACUCGGCUGGGGCGGAGUGCAAGCGUCCCCGGAUCGACGGCUCAGGAGGAAUCGGCGAGGUUGGUCAGAAUAACGACCCUUUGACCCUUGGUUACCAUGGCUACCCAUCUCAUAGUCAGGGCUCUCAGGAUAGUGCUGGCGGUCAGGAGGGACUUGUACCCCCACCUUUCUCCGCGUUCCCUCCACCUCCACCGCCGCCCCCCCAGAACGGCUUGGCCCUGGAUUACGGGGGCAGCCUGUAUGCAGCGGGGGCCGUCCAGGGCCCCGUGGAAGCCGGCGGAGCAGCGAACAGCGCCGCCAACGCCGCCAGCAGCCUCAGUGCCCAACAGUCAGAUGGGUCCUCCCAGAUUGACGGGCAGUCAGGGGUCGGCUCGGGAGGAGGGGGUGGCGGGGGGAGCGUCGGGGAUGAUUCAGAUGCCAAGGGGACCCCCAAACGCCUCCACGUAUCCAACAUCCCCUUCCGCUUCCGAGACCCUGACCUACGGCAGAUGUUUGGGCAAUUUGGCAAAAUCCUCGAUGUCGAGAUCAUUUUCAAUGAGAGGGGGUCCAAGGGCUUCGGUUUUGUAACAUUCGAGUCAAGUGCAGACGCAGAGAGGGCCAGAGAGAAGCUUCAUGGUACACUGGUGGAAGGACGUAAAAUCGAGGUCAAUAAUGCCACAGCCAGAGUGAUGACGAACAAGAAGAUGACGACACCGUACUCUAACGGAGAGGGCCUCGCUACUCUUCCAUAUGCUGGAUGGAAGUUGAGUCCCAUGGUCGGAGCGAUGUACAGUCCUGAGCUUUACACAGUACCAGGGUUUCCAUACCCAGCAGCAGCAGCAGCUGCUUCCACUGCUGCGACCUUUCGAGGCGCUCAUCUCCGGGGUCGUGCCCGGCCCAUCUACAGUGCAGUCAGGGCAGCUGUGCCACAACCUGCCAUCCCUACAUACCCUGGUGUGAUGGCCUAUCAGGAUGGUUUUUACGGUGCGGCCGAUCUCUACGGUGGCUAUGCAGCGUAUCGUUACGCCCAGCCAGCUGCGGUAGCGACUCCUGCGGCAGCAGCGGCUGCAGCAGCAGCUUACAGUGACAGCUAUGGACGAGUUUACACAGCAGACCCCUACCAUGCUGCACUCGCCCCAGCUGCCUAUGGUGUUGGAGCCAUGGCCACACUGUACAGGGGAGGCUACAGUAGAUUUGCCCCUUACUAAGGACACUACAUUUCCCAGGAGCUCCUCUCUUCCAUUGAAUUACUCUAAAUGAGCUCCCUCUGUUGUCGUGGAGGUGGACUGCACCCAGUUUUCAAGUGUGGCGUCAACCACAGCAAAGAUAUUUCAGAUCCCACCCCAGAGCAGUCCCACGUUUUCUUAUAUACGCUACUACAGAAAUAGAGGAAUGCUGUAUUAAAGACUGAUGGAUGGCCUUUAUAUUAAAAAAGAAGAAAAAAAAUAAAGACUUAAAAUGGCCACCUCCCCUAUUGCACGGCUGUAUUAUAGUCCCCCCCCCCCCAAAUCCCUCAGCACUCAGCAGCACAAGACUUGGGAUGGAGCCCAGAUGUUCUUCCAAAGGCUGUAUGUGGAUAACUGACAUUUAAACAGCUGUCAACCAUGUAUGAGAAAGAGCUGAGUGCUGUGUGGCCUGCACACACUCGACAUUUAAGGAAAAAAGAGAGGGAGGCAAGAAAACGAGGCGUCCGCAAAAUGUGGGGGCAGUAGGAAGUAGGGAGGUGCAUCGAAAGAGCAUCUAAAAACGUUUUUGAACCAGAAUGACGAGUCACUAAAAUGAUAAAAACACCCACUGAUGGAUUUUAUAAUUCCUCCUUAACGUGGGUGGAUAGUAAAGAGGAGAGGAUUUCCAUUCUUGUUGUGUUCUGGUAGUGGGAGACUGAACAUGGCUGCUUAGAGAGAUGAUGUGACCGUUUAUAAUGCUACAGAAAUCACGUCCGAAAGCUGAAGGAGGGAGGGUUAUUAGAGCUGUUCCUUACCUCAAGUUUUCUUAGUAUGUGGAAAUGGUGAACCUUUAAACUUAAAAUUGUUAUGAUAUGCAAAGAAAUUAGUUUAGAGAAAAAAGUUACCAAAUUAUUAUUAUUAAUUAUUAUUAUUAUUAUUGUAAUUAUUCUCUUGAUUAUUCUUAUUAAACCAUUAUUUUUGUUUGACUCAGCUACACAGCAGCCACUGCUGUUAUGGGACAUGUAGAUUCAACAGUGAAAUCAGAAAAUGAGCAUCUAUGAAACUAAUAUUCCACCUUCUGACUAUAUGACACUACUAUAGUCACACCUCAUUUUUCUCAUGCACAGGAUUUCACUACACUCUGUGUGCAGCCACCACUAAACACUACAUAAAGUGUAACACUACACUGAAAAACAUUUUGUCCUUAAGUUGAUUUUUAGAUUUAUAGCCAAACUCAGUCCUCCAUUCACAACUUGGGGGGUUCAAGUAUUUGUUGAUCCUUUAAUGUAGAGAUUUAUUAUUUGGAUUUCCCCCCCACGCUCCAUCUUUUAUAGAGCAAAGUCCAAUAUUGAAUGAGUCUUCCUGAAACAUAUACUUUAGUAGGUAAUUGUAUUUGCGACGCUGCCAGCAGCAAUUACUGAGCAAGAGAGAUUCUGUCGGUGAGUUGAUAGAAAAUAUUUAAAUGCAAAACACCUUACUAUUGUGCAUAUUUCUAUACCGUUGUAUUUCCAAAAUGUGGCUUUUUUGGCUUUUGUUUUUGUUCCAAAGAUUUGUAGAAAGCACAUUUCUCUGCCGUAUGUAUAAAUAUAUAAUCUUUGUUAUUGUUAUCAUAAUCCUUGAUAAUCCUAUUGCUGUCUUUAUUUACUUUCUUUCAUCUUUUUUAUAUCUAAGUGUUGUUCCUUCUUCAGUAAGGUGCAAGUUAAGUUUGUUUUUCUUUUCUUUUCUUUUUUCUUUUCCUUUUUUUGUGUGUGUGUGUGUGUGUAAAGGUCUUGAGCCGAGAGCAUACCCUGAGUAGUGACAAACUAGAGGUAUGCUUGUGACACUACCAAACUUUUCCUCUCAGUUAAAUAUUCAUCUGCUAGCAUGACAUUUAAUUAUAUUUCAAAAUAUGCAGGAACGGCUGGAUAUUUUUUUUUUCUUUUUGAGUCCAUAUUUUGUAGGUGACUGAGACUUUUGGAAAGAAUGAACAUAGGUCUGUAGCACUUUGGUUAAAACCAACUGUGUUCUUUUCUUUUUCACUUUUUCAUUUAUUUCAAUCAUUCUUGUUUAACGCAGACUCCUUACAUUUCAGUGGUGAAAUCUGUCAGCUUGGCCAAUGUGGUCGCUCCAGGUUUAUUUGAAGGUAUCCAGUAAAACGUCUGAAAGUGUUAUCUCUCGUACAUACACAGGUUAAUAUUCCAAAAUGGUGAAAAACAAAAUGUUAUUGUGGGAUAUGAUCUAAGUUGUGUGUAAAAUGGGGCAGUUCUUUUUUUUUUUUAACCCAUUAACUAAUUUCAAAGCUACUGUUGUAUUUUCCACUCACACUUGCAAAAACAUGCAGGUCAAUAAGAUGCUAUUUUUCUGUUAAAUGUGCUGCUGUUGUAUUUGCUCAUAACAUAUAACAUUUCUUUUGUUUAAUAUCUCAAUAUUAAUACAGAAUGUGCUCUGGACAAAAUGUAAAAAAAAAAAAAAAAAAGAAAACCCUAGCCAAAGAUGCUAACUAAUAGUCCCUAGCACGUUCUGGUUCCCAAUUUGAGAAGUGCUACACAAAAUUCACAAAGAUGGACUUUUGGAGCCACAGAAGGCAUGGACAAACCAGCAUGAGCGAGUCUUGUUAAGUAAAAAAAACAAAAACAAAACAACAACAACAAAAAACAAACAACAAAAAAAAAAGUUUUGCAUGAAUCUUGUGUCUUUCUUAUUUGAUUCCUGAGCAGCCGAGCCCAGUUGCGUUCUUCUUUACCACUAAACUCCACGGAGAAUGAAAGGCAGCUAGCGGUUUGAAGCUAGUUAACACAACAAAGAGCACAGUGCUGUUUGGCUAAAAGGCCUGCUGACAAACAAAAUGGCUGCCGCACAAAGAUCAUUUUCCUGUUGUGGUUUUCUUGCCACUGUAUUAUAGUAAACUAUGUGGCCAUUCUUCAUAGUUGCUAUGGUUUAUCAAUGACCAGUCCUCUCCCUCUGUCAUGUCUAUUUCCCCCUUGACUGCCAUUACGUUUUUUUGUUAUUGAAUGUCCAUAUAAAAUGUUUUAUAUAAAAAUGUUUUGUUGUGA